GAUUUUUUUUUCACAAACCAAUUAACAAGAGCCUCCGACAACUCCUAGUAUUACUAUUAGUAUAUAACUUCGACAAACCCUAACGGAUCUUUUCUCUUUUCUCUUUUCUGAUAACAUCUCGUGACUCUCCCAAUCCAAGCAUAGACUCUCUCGUCUCUAAUCGAUGUUCAUUGGUUUUCUUUCUUUAUUUUUUUCGUUAUUCUAGGUGGUGAAUGAACAUCUCUAUCUUUUUUAUUUCCUUUCUAGUACAUAGAAUCUUUCUAUUUUCCUCUACAAAGUGUUGACCUUUUUGUUAAAUUUAGUAAACAAAGAUUUUGUCAGAGGGUUUAGGGUUUAGCAUCAUCAUCACCCCUACAGAGAAGGUACACACCAAACACCAAACAAAUCGAGUUUCACUUCCCAAAGCCUCCUGUUAUAAAUUUAUAAUAGCCCUACUAAAAAGGGAAACCUUAAAAGCUUCUCUCUCUUACGCACGAACCGCAGAGUUCGUACGAUUCUCAGUAUCCAACAGUUCUCGAGAUUAUUUCUUGUUGUGUUUUUUUUUUUUUUUGAAAAAUUCUUGUGGUGUUUACUCCACACUGAAGAUUUAUUUAGCUGAUAAGUUAAGAGUCCUCUGUUUCUUGAUUUUCCUGUAAAGCUCUCUUGCUCGUCGGCGGAGAAAUGUCUUCUUGUCUAAGUGGCGACGCGUAUCCUUUUGAGUUGGAAAUGACGAAGUCUCCGCCGUCAAGAACCGCCUCAUCCUCACAAAACAACAACACUCCUUCGCCGUCAUCUACAAUCUCCGAGUCCAACUCUCCUCCGCUCGCAAUCUCCACAAGAAGGCCAAGGACUCAACGGAAACGACCGAACCAGACUUACGACGAAGCGGCUGCUCUUCUCUCGACCGCUUACCCAAACAUCUUCUCCUCCAAGAGAAAAUCUCCGUUGAAUCUUCCUCUGUUUCUCAACGACUACGACGAAGCUUCUCAUUUGCUUCUACCGUUUGAGUCAAUCGAGGAGAGAGGUUUCUUGUUUAGUCCCACAACACAGACCAAACCAUUUCACUUCUUGGAGCACAAGGACUUCGACUCGGAGGUGAAUCGGUUUGGAUUCUUCGAGGAUUUCGACGCUGAGUCGAUUCUGGAUGAAGAGAUUGAAGAAGGGAUUGGUAGUUUUAUGGGAAACAUUGAAUCCAACGACGACGGAGAAUCUGGUUUUGCUGGAAGAGAUUACUAUACAAUCGACCCGUUAGCAGAAAUGACGACGCUUCCUUGGCACGGAACUAGCUCCCUUGGAUUGAGGAACUCUCUCCGGGAAUGCGACGAUGCGAGCUUGUGGAGGUUUCCCACCGUGGAACUCGAGCACAUCUCGCCGAGAAUCCAGACCACUAUAACCGCCGCCACCGCAGCGGCUGAUGUUGACGUGAAUAGUAGUAGCAAGAGCAAGACUGUGGCGGGAGAAGAGAAGAGGAAGAAGAAGAAGAAGAAGCAGAAAGUGGCGGAUUCAAAGACAGGACAAAGUGUGAAUCCGUUUUUGAAGCUCGACUACGAUGGAGUUUUAGAAGCUUGGUCGGAUAAGGAGUCGCCUUUCUCCGAUGAGGUUCUUGGUUCGGACGCUGCCGGAACCGAUGUCCAUGCAAGGUUGGCUGAGAUAGAUUUGUUCGGAGAUAGCGGAAUGAGAGAAGCUAUUGUGUUAAGGUAUAAAGAGAAAAGGAGGAAUCGGCUCUUCUCUAACUCCAAAAAAAUUCGAUAUCAAGUCCGCAAACUUAAUGCUGAUCAACGCCCCCGUAUGAAGGGACGAUUUGUGGGAAGGACCAACGUAAGGAACUUAAGUGGGUUACGGUUAUAAGAAGAAGUGUCGAAAGAACUUAAGCCCUUUUAUUCCCUUCUCUUUAUUGUUGGAGACUUUCAGUUUCGCCUUCUCCUUCUUUUGUUCUUACUUUUACUGACCCCUCUUGUUUUUUUGGUCCUAAAAAAUGGAAUGGGAAGAUAUUAGAAUGAAUAGAACUUUUUUUUGCCUUU